AAUGGCUGUGUCAGGCGGGCACGACACAGUAGAAUCUCCCCCUCCGAAACAAUCCAAGCAUUGUGGAAGAACCAUAGCCACCCUUUGAGUUAGCUUAAGAAACACCCAUAUAAUCUCUUCCUCUCCCCGAGAGCUUUCUUCUUUGUAGAUCUUGGAGCGCGAGCGAGAGAGCGAUUACUUCUUCUUCUCGAUCGUCUUCUUCUUUGCGAUCGUUUCUUGGCAAUGGAGAUCCACUCGCGGAUGUGCGUGGCCAAGUCCGUCCCCGCCACCGCCCCUCCGCUGGUCCUCCUCACGCCGCUCGACCUCUUCCACACCAGCCAGAUGCCCAUCGUCCUCUUCUACGAGAACGCCCCCGCCGGAGCAGCCGCGCGCAUCGAGUCGGGGCUCGCAACCGUGCUGGAUCACUUCCCGGAGCUGGCGGGGCGGAUCGGGCGCGACGAGCUGGGCCGCCACUGCAUCCAUCUCAACAACGAAGGCGCGAUCUUCGUCGAGGCGGUGUGCUCCUCCGAGCUGGCUCCCUUCCUGGACAAGCGCGGCAACGACGUCAAGGAUCUCGUCGGCUCGUCGACGCUGGAGCUGGGCGAUGGGAUGAACCGCGUGCCGCUCAUCAUCCAGGUGACGCGCUUCGCUUGCGGGGGGCUGGCCCUCAGCUGGGAGGGACACCACCGCGUGUGCGAUGGCUCCGCCCACACGCAGUUCUUGCUCAACUGGGCAUCUGCUGCAAGAACCGGAUCCCUCACUCCAGGAUUCGUCCCGCUCAUCCACGACCGAUCUUUCUUGUCUCCCAGAGAUCCCCCGGUCGUGGAGGAUCCACUAGUGGAGUUCGUCCACAAGCCCAUGUCGCGCACCACCGUCCCGGGGCAAGAGGUCCUCACUCUCACGGAAAACUUGACGAGCAAGCAGAUCUCCCACCUCAAAUCUCUCUGCGGGAACAAAUACACCACCUACGAGACUUUGAGCGCGCACUUCUGGAGGUGCAUGACCGCGGCCAGGGACUUCGAAGACCGGAGCACUCUGGUCGGGCAUUUUUGUCCCGCGAAUGGUCGUUCCAUCCUCAAUGCCCCGCCCGGGUUUUUUGGCAACGCCAUUUACCACACCUUCGUGCAGACGAGCGCCGCGGAUCUGCUGGAUGGAUCACUGGAGCACGCCGCGGGGCUCAUCCGGCAGGCCGUCAAGCGCGCCAGCAACCGGGUGUUUCUCGAGUCGGUGAUUGACUACCUUGCGCUGGAGCAGGCGGGCGAGGAUGAUCGGCCGCCGCAGGCCGAGGCCAAGGACCAGAGCUGGAUCCCGAAUGUCAUGAUCCCGUGCUGGUCGAGGUUUCCGCUGUAUGAGGUUGACUUUGGGUUUGGCGAUCCGUUCCGGUUCUCCACCGUGAAUGUGGGGAUCGAGGGGGUGUUCACGAUUGGGCCGCCGCGCAAGGACGGGAUCACGGAGGUGCUCAUCAAUGUGCGCAAGGAGCACGCCCAGAGCCUGCUCGCUCACCUCGGCAACUAAGCGGACUCUCUCGCUCUUGAGUCUUGCUUGUAUCAUGUAUUGUUUUCUUUCAUUUUGAUCGUCUUUAUGUUAUUAUUAUUAUUAUUAUUCUUGUUCUUGUUCUUGUUUUUGUUCUUGUUCUUGUGUUCUUGUUCUUGUUCUUGUUCUAUUUGUUACUCAGUAAUAAGAAAAUGAUCUUGACGUA